UUGUUGGUUUCAUGUAACGCAAUUGUUUAAGAGCUUUGAUGACUGUCACGCUGGCAUAUUGUUUCGUUGAUAAUAAUAAUAUGCAUGCAAAAAUUUCAGCAUACCUGGCACGGGUAAGAGUUAUGGAUAUUAUUCGAUUCAGAUAUGAAGUAAUUAUGUAACAUGUGAAGCCUGGUAAAGGAAUGAAAAUAACUUGACGCCGUUCUCAUAUUUUUAACUUGCCUGACCGGAGAAAAGUAAUCUGCCCCGGGACUUAAAAAAAGAGUUGUUGUAAUCAUAACAGCGAGCACGAGCCGGAUGCACGUGAAUGACACAUGAUGUUGACAUUUCGUAAUGUUCUUUUGUGAUCACUCGAGUGCUGAUUUGCAUCUCAACACAACAUUGUACUGUCAAAAAAAGUAGGUGUCGAUUGAUAUUGACCAGCAUUUCCUGCGUCCGAGCUAAAUUUGAUCUUGCGGCCCCUGUAUUGACGUCAAUAGUGAAAUUCUACACUACUUGUGAUACUGCAAUUCUUGUACAAGCAUGUGCAAGUGACCGAUAACAAAACAGUUACCACGUCGGAGCUUCAAUAUUUGCAUCUUCGUCCAGGGUUGCUUGUGCACUUGGCAGUAGCGUUUCAGCUACAUUGUUUACAUUCAAUUUUUUGAUUUUGCAAGUCAACUACAGUUUUGCAGAAUGAAAGGCAGAAGGCCUAGUACCCGCAGCGCAUCAAGUCGCACUGGUCUUGUUGAUUCGCCAGGAAGAAAGAUGCUUUCUGAGGUUCUUCUUGUUUGCGAGCUGUUGUUGUUUAUUACGCUCGCGGCUCUAACAGGUGGUAAGCCGAUUUCAGCAUCGACAAAUGGUCAGAAAAAACGGCCUCAAGAAAGAUAACAAAACAACAUGGUCCAACAACUUCUAGAUGACAUUGUGGUGGCAGGCCUGGCUUGCAGGCUUCCAGAGUCUGAUAAUGCAGAGGAAUUUUGGUCUCAUCUGAUGAACAAGGAAGAUAUGGUGACAGAAGAUGAUAGACGCUGGACGCCUGGACUUCAUGGCCUGCCUAAACGUAGUGGCAAACUCAAAGAUAUCAAGCACUUUGACGCAACCUUUUUUGGUGUUCAUGCAAAGCAAGCCCAUAAAAUGGAUCCUCAACUAAGAAUCUUACUUGAAUUAACAUACGAAGCACUGAUUGAUGCAGGUGUUGAUCCACAAAAAGUUCGUAAUUCCAAGACUGGUGUCUUUGUCGGUGCCAGUGGCUCUGAAGCUGGUGAAGCAUUCAGUGCAAACACUGAAGAUAUUGUCGGCUAUGGUAUGACCGGUUGUUGCCGAGCAAUGUUUGCAAAUCGUGUAUCUUUCACAUUUGACUUCAAAGGACCAAGCUUUGCCAUUGACACUGCUUGUUCCUCAUCACUGCUUGCUAUGGACUGUGCAGUGCAAGCUAUCAGAUCAGGAAGUUGUGAUGCUGCCAUUGUGGGUGGCGUAAGUCUGACAUUAAAGCCCAACACUUCUGUAGACUUUUUAAGGCUCAACAUGUUGUCCCCCGAUGGUGCAUGUAAAUCAUUUGAUGUCAGUGGUAAUGGAUAUUGCCGUUCAGAGGGUGCUGUGGCCAUUUACUUGACAAAAAGAUCUGUUGCCAAGAGGAUAUACGCUCAUGUUGUUAACUCAAAGAACAAUUCAGAUGGAUACAAGACACAAGGUGUGACAUACCCAAGUGGGGCAGUUCAGAAGCAACUGCUGGAUCAAGUGUAUGGUGAAGCCAAUAUUAACCCUUCAGAUGUUGCAUAUGUUGAAGCUCAUGGCACAGGCACAAAGGCUGGUGACCCUGAAGAGCUGAAUGCAAUCACAUCUGUCUUCUGCAAGAACCGUCCUGGACCCCUGCUCAUUGGCUCAGUCAAGUCUAACAUGGGACAUCCUGAACCAGCAUCGGGACUGUGUGGAGUGACCAAGGUCUUGCUUGCCAUGCAGCAUGGUGUCAUCCCUCCUAACCUGCACUUCAAUUCUCCAAACCCUGACAUCCCAUCUCUUCUUGAUGGAAGGCUCAAGGUUGUGUCAGAACCUAUGCCUUGGAAAGGUGGCCUUGUUGGAAUAAACUCAUUUGGAUUUGGUGGAUCCAAUGUGCAUGUUAUCCUUCAGUCUCCAGAAACACCUGAGCCAGAAGUACCUGAGAAGCCCACUUUACCAAUAGUGGUGCCUGCAUCAGGAAGAACAGAAGAAGGUGUCAACAAAAUGCUGAAAUUUGCGAGAGAGAAUAUUGAAAGCAAAGACCUGUUAUCUUUGCUGACAGAAAUUUCAUCAAGACCCCUCAAUACCUUCACCCACAGGGGUUACGCCAUCAUUGGCAGUGAAAAUGAGAUUGAAGAUAUUAUGAAAGUGCAAUCAAACACUCGCCCCAUCUGGUAUGUGUUCUCGGGUAUGGGCAGCCAGUGGCCUGGCAUGGGAGAGAGGUUGAUGCAGAUCCCCACAUUCUGUGAAUCGAUUUCCAAAACUGCGGAAAUUUUGAAGGACUUUGGAGUUGACUUAGUGAAGAUCAUCAUGGAGAGUGAUGCAAACACCUAUAAUGACACCAUCAACUCUUUUGUGGGAUUAGCUUCCAUUCAGAUUGCACUGGUGGACUGUUUAAGAGCUUUGGGAAUAACACCUGAUGGAAUUGUUGGACACAGUGUUGGAGAACUUGGUUGUGCUUAUGCAGAUGGAAGUUUUACUGCCAAAGAAGUUAUUUUAGCAGCUUAUUGGAGAGGUCGUUGUGUCCAGGAAGCCAAACUUCCUGCCGGAGCCAUGGCUGCUGUGGGUCUGACAUGGGAAGAAGCUAAGAAAAGGUGCCCUGAAGGUGUGCAUCCAGCCUGUCAUAAUGCUGUGGAUACUGUCACCAUUUCUGGUGAUGCUGCUGCUGUUAGCAAUUUUGUACAAGAGUUAAAGAAUGAAGAAAUCUUUGCCAAGGAAGUCCACACUUCAGGUGUGGCAUUCCAUUCAAAGUAUAUGGCUCUCAUUGCCCCAACACUUAAGGAAUCUCUGGUGAAAUUCAUAGUUCCCAAGAAGAGGUCAUCACGUUGGAUGAGUACAUCCAUUCCUGAAGAUAAGUGGGAUACCGAGCUGGCUAAGUACUCCUCGGCCGAUUACCAUGUGAACAAUUUAGUCAGCCCAGUUCUGUUCCAAGAGGCCUUAGCAAAGGUCCCAGAUGACGCUGUUGUCAUUGAAAUUGCUCCACACUGUCUUCUGCAAGCCAUCCUUAAAAGAUCCCUCAACCCACACACUGUCAACAUCCCUCUGAUGAAGAGAAAGCAUCCAAACAACUUGGAGUUCUUCUUGACAGGCCUUGGGAAAUUGUACGCAAGUGGAAUCGACUAUGACCCAACUCUGAUCACAACAACCAAGGCAGCUUUUCCAGUGCAUAUCUCAACACCCUCCAUUGCUCCACACAUAGGAUGGGACCAUUCUCAGGAAUGGGAUGUCCCUUCAUCUGCUGAUUUCCAGUUUAGCAGCAGUGGUGGAACAGCAACGUCAUGCAACUUUGAGAUCGACAUAUCACCAUCUUCAACAACAGACAAGUACCUUGAAGGGCAUUGUAUUGAUGGGCGAGUUCUCUUCCCUGCUACUGGUUAUUUGGUGUUAGCAUGGAAGACCCUUGCCAAAUCUGCUGGUCUUCUUUUAGAGCACGCGCCAGUGGCCUUUGAAGAUGUAACCAUCCACAGGGCUAUCAUUCUGCCAAAGACAGGCACCGUCACCCUGACAGUUCAUCUCAUGCCAGCUUCCAACAAGUUUGACGUGUCUGAAGGAGAAAGUCUGGCAGUGUCUGGCAAGAUCUUUAUGCCAGAGUUGCCUGCAUUGAGUGAAGACUUUAAGGAUGCUCCCCCGGUUGAAGACGAGGUGCAUCUGACAGCAGACUGUAUCUACAAAGAGCUCAGGCUGCGUGGUUAUGACUAUGGACCCACCUUCCAAGGAAUACUGGGAGCAAACAGCUCGGGCACAAAAGGUGAGCUUAAGUGGACAGGCGAGUGGGUGUCAUUCCUUGACACAAUGCUCCAGUUGUCUGUCUUGAGACUUCCUGGACGUGGAUUGAGGUUGCCUACCAGGAUACGUUCAUUACGUAUUGAUCCCUCCAUCCAUUUGGAGAAAGCAAAGGAAGGCACGUGUGAGGUGAAGGUUGAUCCAAAGAUGGACAUGGUUGUGGCUGGUGGUGUAGAGCUCAAAGGCCUUCAUGCAACUGUAGCACCAAGGAGACAAGAUGGUCAAGCUCCCGUCCUAGAAAAGUUCACGUUUGUUCCAUACAUUGAUGGGCCAACUCCCAAAGAAUCUAGCAUGGACGGCAUCAGCAAAGAAGGUCUCUUCAACGCUAUACAAGAGGGCCCGCUCUUGAAAGUCAUGCUGGACACCGUCAUCGAGAACAAGAUCGGAACCAACUUGAAAAUCUGUGAGGUGGGUGCCGCAGAAGGGAAGGUGUUCUCACGCGCUGUGCCUUUGCUAAGUCUUCAUCCACUGGUUCAGUUGAGCUAUACAGCGACGGACAAGACUGAAGAUCUUGUGGCUACUAUCACCGAAGCUGCCUCUGAUGAUACCAUCGACGUCUGCGCUUGGGACGUAGCCAAGAAACCUCCUGGUGGUGUGAACAAGAGUGACCUUGUCAUCGCCUCAAAUUUGAUUCACCAGACAUCUGAUCUCUCCAGUGCUUUGGAGAACAUUAAGUCAGCCCUCGGACCGCGAGGUUUUCUCCUCCUGCACGAGGUUACAGCUAGCCUAGAGACGGCUCGAGCAAUUUUUGGGAAGAACGGCUUUACCCCUAGCGGACAAGAGCAAAAGUACUUCUUAACCGAUCAACAGUGGGUGAAAACGUUAGAGGCUGUUGGACUCAGUGUUGUGUCGCUGAAAAAGCUUGGCUCUGUGUCAACUCUUCUUCUCUGUAGGUUCACCAACAAUGCAGAAGAAAAGCCAGUCUUCUUCGAUGUGGAUGAUUCUUUCGAGUUCGUACCACUGCUUCAAACCGCCCUUGCCUCAAACGACAAGACGCCCAUCUGGCUUGGUUGUUUCACCUCAUCCCCCACUGGAAUAGUCGGAAUGACAAACUGCCUUCGACAGGAGAUGGGUGGGGAGAAAAUUCGUUGUCUCUUUGCUCGUCCUGAAAUGAAAGGCAAAGUGAUGGAACAGUUUGAAGCUCUCAAGAAGUUGGACUUGGUCAUGAAUGUGUUUGAAGACGGCAAAUUUGGCUCCUACAGGCAUGUUCUGAUGGAGGACUCUUCAAGCGCCAUUGAAGAAACCGAGCAUGCGUACGUGAAUGUGCUGACGCGCGGAGAUCUCUCCUCUCUGCGUUGGAUCGCUUCUCACCUGAAAUACGCCCCGGGAUCCCAUGGAACCACGGAAUUGUGUACAGUCAACUAUACUUCACUGAACUUCCGUGACAUUAUGCUCGCUACAGGCAAACUACCACCCGAUGCUCUCCCAGGUGACCUUGCGCACCAGGACUGUAUUCUGGGCAUGGAAUUUUCUGGAAGGAAUCAGAAGCGCGAGAGGAUCAUGGGAUUGCUGCCUGCACAGGCUCUGGCGACCACGGUUGUGGCAGAUCAGCGGUUUACUUGGAAGGUACCGAAAGACUGGACCCUUGUACAAGCUGCUUCUGUUCCAGUGGUAUACUCCACAGCUUACUAUGCCCUGAAUGUCCGCGCCAACCUCAGGCCUGGAGAAUCUGUCCUCAUUCACUCUGGAUCAGGAGGAGUUGGUCAGGCUGCGAUCUCCAUCUGUCUCAAGAUGGGCUGUGAAGUGUUCACGACUGUAGGAACGAAGGACAAGAGGGAAUACCUGAUGGCGACCUUCCCAGAUCUGAAACCAGAAAACAUCGGAAACUCUCGGGACUUGUCGUUUGAACAAAUGGUUAUGCAUGGUACAAAUGGCCGUGGAGUCCAGGUUGUACUCAACUCUCUUGCUGAGGAGAAGUUGCAAGCUAGUCUUCGUUGCUUGGCUCGUCAUGGACGAUUCCUGGAAAUCGGAAAAUACGAUCUGUCAAACAACACUCCGCUAGGAAUGGCUUUGUUUCUCAAAAACGUGUCGUUCCAUGGAAUAUUGUUAGAUGCCAUUUUCGAGGAGGACAACCCGGAGUGGACUCAAGUGUCAGAACUUCUCACUAAUGGAAUCAAGUCAGGAGCAGUACGGCCUCUGAAAACCACAGUCUUCGACCGCGAUGAAAUUGAGCCCGCGUUCCGUUUCAUGGCCCAAGGCAAACACAUUGGCAAAGUGGUCAUCCAGGUCAGACCGGAAGACGAGUCCAAGUCAGUGGUCAAACUUGUGGCACAUGCGCGAAGCAUGUGUGAUCCCCGGAAGAGCUAUGUGGUCACUGGUGGCCUGGGUGGCUUUGGACUGGAACUUGCCCAUUGGUUGGUAGAGAGAGGUGCCCGCAAUCUGGUUCUUACAAGUCGAAGAGGCAUCCGCACUGGUUACCAGGCUCGUCGUGUCAAAGUAUGGCAGGAAAUGGGCGUCAAAGUCCUGUCACUCACUGAUGACGUAGGCACGAAAGAGGGCGCUACGUGUAUCGUGAAAAAAGCUCGUAAACUUGGUCCCUUGGGAGGAAUCUUUCAUCUGGCGGUGGUGCUGAAAGAUGGCUUGUUCGAGAAUCAGACUAUCGAAGCUUUCCAGGCUGUCAGCAAACCGAAGUACCACGGAACGAUUUAUCUUGACCAGUUGACACGAGAAAAAGAUGUAGCCAAAGAUCUUCACUGGUUCGUGGUGUUUUCGUCUGUGUCCAGUGGUCGUGGUAAUGCUGGACAGGCCAAUUAUGGAUUUGCCAACUCGGCCAUGGAGAGGAUCUGCGAGGAGCGUGUGAAGAGUGGCCUGCCUGGUGUGGCUAUUCAGUGGGGUGCUAUUGGAGAUGUUGGUUUAAUUCAGGAUACCAUGGGUGGCUCAAACGAAACUGUCAUUGGUGGUACGCUACCACAGCGCAUGAGCAGCUGCUUAGCUGUCCUGGAUAGAUUCUUAUCGCAGGCUCACCCAGUGAUGUCCUCGUACGUACUGGCAUCAAAGAUAACGACUAAGGGAGACAAGGGGUCUGGAUCCGACCUGGUUGGAGCCGUUGCGCACAUUCUCGGAGUCAAAGAUAUUUCGACUAUAAACCCCGACACGACGCUAGCUGAUCUAGGUCUGGAUUCUCUUAUGGGAGUUGAAGUCCGUCAGACCUUGGAACGAGACUUCGAUAUUCAGAUGAGCAUGAAAGACGUGCGCCUGUUGACAGUGAACAAAAUGCGAGACCUGACAAGUGGUGGUUCACCCAAGGAAACUGAUAAGGGAGCAGAUAGAGGAAGGAACUCUGAAGAAGCCAAACUUGAGAUUAGCCUUCCAGAGAUAGGCAUGCAGUCUUUAGUUCACUUGAACGACGUGAAGAACCAUCAGAAACCACUCUUUGUGAUCCACAACAUCAACGGUACUGUGGAACCUUUACGUACCCUUGCUAGGAAUCUCUCUUGUCCCGUGUUUGGUCUGCAAUACACUGUUACCUCCCCCAAGGACUCCAUCCAGUCUCUCUCUGCCAGCUACAUCCAGUGCAUACGGGAUAUUGUUGCCCAGGGCCCUUACCGUUUGGCUGGCUACUCGUUUGGAGCGUGCGUGGCUAUCGAGAUGGCACUGCAACUCGAGAAGACAAACGAAGUUGAGAGUUUAAUAUUGUUGGAUGGAUCCCACAAGUACGUGGAAGCCCGUACAAUUUGGCACCGAAACAGGCUCACUGUGGAGCAAGGAUCCUGGGAGUCGAGUGCUGUGGCAGAGGGGCUUUGUACCUUGGCCCCUCAAUACGCCCCCAUCGACAAGGUGAAGCUCCUGGAAGCGCUUCAGAGGGAGACGUCCAUUGAGAAACAGGUACAACUGACAGCGAGCGCCAUCGCUGAGGCUAAGCCAAUACUGAACAAGGAAACCAUUGCAACGUUCAUCUCGUGCUUUAUGGCUCUGCUGCGCAUGGGCGAGGAGUACAAGGUGACUUCGCGUCUCCGUGGCAAAGUUCAUCUCAUUCGCGCCAAAACUGUGGACGAGAUGGGCAAGAGUCUUGGUGACGACUUCAGUCUAAGAGAUGUCUGCGACGGCGGUGUGGCCCUGAGUUGGGUGGAUGGAGAUCACGAGUCGUUCCUUCAGAAUGAGAGCGCUGUCGAGACGGCGAAUAUAAUCACCAAGGCUUGGAGCAAUUGAACUUGAUUGACAUUUCUAGGACAACAAUGUUGAAGUGAAGAAUACACGACCUUUCUUUAGAAAGAGACCGACAGAAGAAAAGACAUUGCUUUGCGAGAAAACUGUGCGCCAAUAUUCAAAGUAGAACAGUUACAGUUAUUUUUUAGUUUAAAUGAGUGCUGCUAACAGCAUUCGACUUAGUUUGUCUUCACCCAGACUAGAAAUUAAUGGUCUCUCAGAAUGACACUACUGAUCUUUUGCCGUUGGUUGACCAUUUCAAAUGCGUCGUAAAUAUUUUGUUGGCAAUUUCGUUUCACAUUUUUCCAAAUUUACACGGCGGAGAUCGGAACAAAUAUAAAUGUGUGUUCCUCAGUCCAAAAAAUCGGGGAUUGAGUUUGGGGUGUUGUAAAUAAAUAUCAUAUGAUAGUAAUCUAUUAUUCUUUGAAUUAAAUUAUAUUUCAGCUAUUUCAGAUAUUUGACACAAAAAAAUGAAACACAAAAAUAAAAUUAUUAUUCUGGAGUAUUUAAUAGGUGCUAUUUACAGGGUCUUCGUGUCGCAGUUAAUUUAUCGGUUUAAGUACAAAUGGACAGUAAUAAUUGUUUUUCUGUAGGUACGUGAAUGUUAAAGUAGAGACUGAAUUUAGUAAAUAAAUUACGCUCUUUAAAGAGUAAUUUUGACGUGCUUGAUGUCUCGUUCUCACUGAGUUGAAUAGCUUUGCCGAAGGCAGUCCAUACUAAAAAUAAAUUGUGUUAAGAUCAAAUUAGCAUUUAAAUUCAGCUGCCAUUUUCUGACUAGUCGAAACGACCACGAGAAUUAGUUCCUCAAAC